GUCACAGGCGGCCCGGCGCGGCGGCCAGCGCGGGGCUCAUGGCCCAGUUCUAGGUCCAAUGAUUAGUUCUGUGACAAGACAGCAUGACACUUUGAGUAUGACAGAAGCCCUGAUGCUGCAGCAGAGGCUGGGAAUAUUAAUGGCCAAAUCUAGAGAUCAGAUGGUCUUCUGAAGAAGUCAUGGGUAGCUGUUGUAGCUGUCCAGAUAAAGAAACUGUCCCAGAUAACCACCGAAACAAGUUUAAGGUUAUUAAUGUGGAUGAUGAUGGUAAUGAACUGGGUUCUGGCAUAAUGGAACUUACAGAUACAGAACUAGUUUUGUACACCCGCAAAAGGGACUCUGUCAAAUGGCACUACCUCUGUCUCCGUCGCUAUGGCUAUGACUCAAAUCUUUUCUCUUUUGAAAGUGGUCGAAGGUGUCAAACUGGACAAGGAAUCUUUGCCUUUAAGUGCGCCCGGGCAGAAGAGUUAUUUAACAUGUUACAAGAGAUAAUGCAGAAUAACAGCAUAAAUGUGGUAGAAGAACCAGUAGUAGAAAGGAAUAAUCAUCAAACUGAGUUGGAAGUACCAAGAACCCCUCGAACACCUACCACUCCUGGAUUCAAUGCACAAAGUUUACCCAACGGCUAUCCCAGAUACCCAUCUUUUGGAGAUGCUUCAUCACACCCUUCCAGCAGACACCCUUCUGUCGGCAGCGCGCGCCUCCCCUCUGUCGGUGAAGAAUCAACACAUCCUUUACUUGUAGCAGAGGAGCAAGUGCACACUUACGUAAACACUACUGGAGUACAAGAGGAAAGAAAAAAUCGAUCAAGUGUUCAUGUGCCACUGGAAUCAAAGCUUUCAAACACUGAAACAACUAAAGCGAAAGAAGAUCAGAUGUGUACUGAUGACAGAGAUGCUCAGGUUCUCCUGGAGCCCGAAGGAGUGAAGUUUGUUUUAGGACCAACACCUGUUCAAAGGCAGUUAAUGGAAAGAGAGAAACUGGAACAACUUGGGAGAGAUCAAGUCAGUGGCAGCAGCACAAACAACACUGAAUGGGACACUGGGUACGACAGUGAUGAACGUAGAGAGACGCCAUCUGUUAAUAAAUUGGUGUAUGAAAAUAUAAAUAGGUUAUCAAUCCCUAGUGCCUCAGGGGUCAGGAGAGGUCGCUUGACAUCAACCAGUACCUCAGACACCCAGAACAUUAACAACUCUGCUCAGAGGAGAACUGCGCUGCUGAACUACGAGAACUUGCCAUCCUUGCCUCCUGUUUGGGAAGCCCGGAAGCUGAGCAGAGAUGAAGAUGACAGUUUAGGACCAAAGACCCCGUCUCUGAAUGGCUACCACAAUAACCUAGAUCUAAUGCAUAACUAUGUCAAUACAGAGAAUGUAACAGUACCAGCAAGUGCUCAUAAAGUAGAAUUUACACGACGUCGGGACUGCACCCCAACAGUCUUUAACUUUGACAUUAGGCGUCCAAGUUUAGAACACAGGCAGCUCAACUAUAUACAGGUUGACUUGGAAGGUGGUAGUGACUCUGACAACCCUCAGACUCCAAAAACCCCCACCACUCCACUUCCGCAGACUCCAACCAGGCGCACAGAGCUGUAUGCUGUGAUAGACAUUGAAAGAACUGCUGCUAUGUCGAGCUUGCAAAAAGCACUGCCCCGAGAUGACGGUACUUCUAGGAAAACUAGACAUAACAGUACUGACCUGCCCAUGUGAGCCUGGGGAGCAUUGAAUCAUUUGCACCUUUUGUGAAGUUUAUAAAAUUGAAGAUGCGAGUACUUUGCAUUUCUUAACACUAACGCCUUUUAUAGACUAAUAGAACUUUUUCUGCAUACUUCAUGUACUUGUCUUACUAAAGGGAAUUAAUGUAGAGCAAGUAUUCAUUUUAGGUAACACUAUUUCAUUCUACAGUAGAAGUAAUUACUGCAUAGCAGCAUCACCACCUUUCACAGUGCCUCUUUAAUUGAUUAGAGUCUGAGUGACAUGCCAGUUUUGAAUUUACAAAUAUUCUGGUCUGGUGCCUAUACUCAUUAAUGGCAUUUAUAACACUUUUUAAAGCCUCUUGAUAUGUGCAUUAUUAGCAGGUAAACCUAAUCUUUCAAUAUACAUAUCUGACGUUCAUUCCUCAUUGAAGUGGUUCCUCCAGAAUGAAUUGUGUGUAAUAUGUUAAUUCACUCAGUUUGACAUACACAAGAUAUAUUGGUUCAUCUCAAGGAAUAUAAACACUACACCUUUUUUGUCUGUGGGCAAGAAGGCCUCUAAUUCCUGACAGUUUUCUUAACUUGUGUGAUAUUUGAGAGGUCCCAUUGAUGGUUGUUGAUCAGAGCUAUAAACACAUCAAAAACCAACCUUAAGCUCCUUCCGUUGGAAUAGAAUUACAAGUGACAUAUCAAAUUCCCUCUGAAAUCUGAAAAUUUUAUCUCAUUAGAGUUUUGGGGUUUUUUGUGAAGGAAUUCACAGGUGGGCUGUAUGAAUUAAGGCUCUCUUGUCAUUUCUUAGUUCAGUGUGCCUUCUUUUCUUUGCAUUUGUGUGUUUCCUUUUUAUUUGUUCCAUAAUGUCUUGUUUCAAAAGUCAAAAUUUUGUACAUAGCUUUAAUUGUCCACGAUCAUCUAUGUGUUUGUCUUACUCUCUGCCUUUGACAAAGCAAGACUCUUGAAGGUCAAAUGGUUGUCUUCGUCCAGUGUUCCACUUUUUUAUGCCUGACAGAAAUAUCCCAGCUCUCCAGCAGCAUGCAUUAUUGCACAACUGGAAAGGUUUAUUAUGCAGUUAUUGUCUUCCUCUAAAGCAUCAAACACAGGUUACAUGGGAGGCAGGGUACUGGACUUGAUAGUUCUUCAUAGGAAGUUGUAUGUUCUAGCAAUGUGCAUCCAUAGGUGAUAAUGUACUUUAAUUUAAAAAGAUACGUAGUAAAUUAUCUGAAGGUAGUAUUAUCUAUGAGCAUACUUGUUUUCCUUUUGCAUUUGGUGAAUUUGGUUACAAUGAUGGCUGCUCAGUGUUACAGGUACAUCCAGGUAGAAUGUUGUUUGUUGAAUAUGCCAGAGGCACCCUUAGACUUUUUUUUUCUGUUUUGUUUAUUAAUAGUCUGAAUAAUCUUAGAAUUCUGGCAGUAUUGCAGGUGCACCUUGGUACUAGCAGCAGAAGAGAUUGCUCUUGAGCCUGUGAUUGCAAAGGAACUGACACUUGUGUGAGCUGGUAUGAUGUAAAAUAACCCUUGAACUGUGAGGAAAAACGUGCAAGAAAAGCCAUUUGGAGAUCUGAAAAAGCAUUAAGGGUCUCCACGCAAUAUUUGAAUUGAAGUUUUAUAAAAACCGAACUACAAUUAUUUUCUGUCUUUUAAAUUGGUGUGUAUUUCUGUUCCUACAACCUUUUUCUUUGGUCUUCUCUCAUUUAGUUGUGGCAGCAGUAGUAGCAGCACCUGAAAUAUGUCUCUUGCCAUACCAAUAGGUGGCAUCAGGCCAUCUUUUCACUCUGUCUUUCAUUAUUCUUUACAAACUGUAUGGUACUUGAAUACCAGAUGGACAAAAAACAUAAUUUGCUGAAGUAAAAGAUGAGAGUCAUUGAGACCAUUGUGAGGAACUUAAAAGAGAUGUUUUUAUAAAAAACCUUAUUAAUUAUUUAAUGGUCAGCUUCUGCAUACUCUUGUGAUAGACUCACUGACUUGUGAGGAGACCUUGGUACUCAAGAAGGUAAAGACUACCUAGAGCUAGGCAUUUUAAAGGUUGUAGCCUGGUAGGGCAUUGGUCUCUUCUCCCAGUCAGCCAGCAACAGGACAAGAGGACAUAGGCUUAAGCUGUGCCAGGUAGAUGUUAGCAAGAGCUUCUUCACAGAAAGGCCGAUUAGGCAUUGGAAUAUGCUGCCCUGGGAGGUGGUGGAGUCGCUGUCCCUGGAGGUGUUUAAGGAAAGACUGGACAUGGCAGUUGGUGCUGUGGUCUUGUUGACAAGGUGGUGUUUGGUCAUAGGUUGGCUUCAGUGAUCUCAGAGGUCUUUUCCAAGCCUCCUCAUUCUGUGAUUCUGUAACUGCUCCCUCACAUCUUUGCCAUUGCCUCACCUUAUGGACCUCCUGGUCUGUAGCGAAGAGAAUUUACCAUGUAUUGCAAAACACUUGCUGGGUUAAUAAUAUUGCUGUGAUUAUUGUUCUUAGCAUAUAGCUCACUAAAUUUGUGAGCUGCAUGUGUUUUGAGGCAAACCUGUUUGAUCUAGCCAGCUGCUUAGCAAUAUAUGGUCCUCAUCUGUAUAGUUUGGACUAAUUAACUGGACCCUUAAAACACACCUGUGAGGCAGGGAAGUAAUAAUAUUCUUAACUACUAAAUAGGGAAGCAGAGGCUUUGGGUAGAUCAUAAGUGACCUGCUGAAAUUUCAACAACCAGCCAUAUCCCUCCUUAGUUCCAGUGCACUGUCCUAUGCAUUAUUCUGAGUAGUCUCAGCUAAAAAGAAUGGUCUGAGCAAAUUUUUUACACUGUUGCAAGUUUCACAAUGUUUUCUUAGCUCUGGUUCCCAGAAUGGAGAACAAACUGAAAUUUCAACUGUCUGUAGCCUUAAUUAUAUUAAGAAGUCUGAUGACAUAUUUUCCAGAACUACUUUUUAACCUGCUAGGUUUCACAGGUGGGAUAAUGCUUUCUUGUUUUGUGUACACUCCAAACAUGCUGGGUAGUCCCUGUCACCCACACUACUCAUCUUUAGCAUUCCUUAUUUUCUGCCCCUUGAAGUAGAUGCAGUUGCAAUGCACUUUACCCUUUGAGACUUGGUAAAUAUUUUUUCAAUUCAGUCUCUUUUAAAGGCUGUGAUGUUAGAUUUAGUGUCUGUAAUCUAGGAUUCAGUUUUCAGCUGAAAUCUCUCCAUGGUAUUUAGAUCAUAUUUAUUUUGGGCCCACAGGUGUAUAGACUGAGAAACUAGAAAUAUGUAACCAUUUUCUUUAGUAAAUGUGGCAUUUUAAGUUUACAUAAACUAGGUCCUGUAAAAAUGGUAGCAUUUCCAUCCAAUUCUACUUUUCAUCCAUAAUGUGCAGUCCAUUGCUGCCCUUCAAACACAUUUAACAAGGGGAAACCUUUAACUGUAGGUAUUCCUUUAGUACAAUGAUUUGAGAAAGACAUACGUUACUGUAUCUUUUAAACAAGGAAACUGAGUUGUUAAAGAAAACAGAAAAGUGACCAAAAGUACAUAAUAUUGUGCUAGAAAUACAGGGAAUGAGAAUUUAUUCCAUUGUUAUGUCAGGAAAAUAAACUUUCCCUCAAAAUCAUGUCAGAAGGAGGACCAAUUGUUUUAAUUUUUGUGGUGUUUUUUGCUAACUUCCUAAAACAAUAUUGAAAAAGACCAUUCUGAAAACCAUGACACUCAUUAGAACAUCUUUUGUUUCCCCCCAAUAAGUAUAUUCUGCAUUUAACAGGGGUUGAAUCUGAUGAUGUGCAUUGAAGCACUGUUCCUAUUAAUGUCUUCAGAGCUUUUAUAGAAAAUAUAAGUGUUGAAGUAGAAAUUUCAUAUAAUAAAUUGAUAAAAUUUAUUCUUCUCCCCACCGCUCCCCCCAACUUGAUGUCUGGAUAUUUGUGUGUGUUUGCACCUCUGACUAGGGCUUGGGUGUAAAAAGGAUCAUGGAAAUGUGUAAAGUGUACAAAUUCCAAACCAAUGUCAAAACAGGGCUGCUUUUUAUAAGUGACGGAUCAGCAGUUGAUUUUGCUGGUUUUAUAACACUGUGCAUUGGCUCAAAAUCUGGUUGUUCUUGUUUUUGUUUUAUAUUUACCCGCUUCUCAAUGAGAGAGAUUCAAGAGAGAACAGAUUGUUCUUAUUCACUGUGGGUGAAGUAAGAGUGGAAAUUCUGCUUCAUAUCAGUAGUUUGAGCAUACAAUGAUGUAUCUGAUUUGGACGUCUGUUUUUAAGCAGUAUUCCUCGCUUUAUGUAAGGUGAGAUCCAUGGUGAAAUUCCAUUUCUGCACUGUACUAAUUUAUUUAAUGGCUGCAAAUAAGAUGAAACUAAUGGAGUAGAAACUAGUAGUGGACUUAAAUCUGAAAUUCUCCUAUUUCCCUAGAGGAGUCUGGUCCUUCAUUGUGAUAGAUAGAGUUAGGUGUUUUUGGAAUUUAAUGAUAUGAUCUUUCCCAUCUCUUCCUUGAGGUAGCAAUUCAGGCAUUUAUAUUUGACAGUAUUUACUUAAUAUAAACUUAAGUUCAUUUAUUAUAUCUUUAUUCUUAAUUCAUAUACACUCCAGGAAUAAAAAA